UUAGGUUGAGCUCGUGCGCACGGGGUUGGAGUCGGUUGGCCGCGACGUUCUCACACGCCUCUGAGCAUCACUGAGCAAAAUUUGGAUCAAUUCGCUGCCACCAGCACAAAACUGAGCACCAUGUUCCAGUUCCAUUCAAAUCACCAGUGCUAGGAUGAAGGGCUCACACUCGGUGAAAAGGCACCAAACCACCGUUCAUACCUCUCACAAUGACGGCCGCAACGAGGUCUCCUCGAGGCCUGGCCGCGCAGGCGCUCGCUGCCGGAUCUCCAUCGCCUCGUGCGCCGACGAGCAGCCGCACAUCGGCAACUACCGGCUGCUCAAAACCAUCGGCAAGGGCAACUUCGCGAAGGUCAAGCUGGCACGUCACAUCCUCACAGGCAGAGAGGUUGCCAUCAAAAUCAUCGACAAGACACAGCUGAAUCCUACCAGUCUUCAAAAGCUCUUCAGGGAAGUCAGAAUAAUGAAGAUUCUGAACCAUCCAAACAUUGUGAAACUGUUUGAGGUGAUAGAGACCGAGAAGACACUCUACCUGAUCAUGGAGUAUGCCAGUGGAGGGGAGGUGUUCGACUACCUCGUAGCACACGGCAGGAUGAAGGAGAAGGAGGCCAGGGCUAAAUUUAGACAGAUUGUGUCUGCUGUGCAGUACUGUCAUCAAAAACACAUCGUACACAGAGACCUCAAGGCAGAGAACUUACUCCUGGACGCCGACAUGAACAUCAAGAUCGCGGACUUCGGCUUCAGCAACGAGUUCACCAUGGGCAACAAGCUGGACACGUUCUGCGGCUCCCCGCCCUACGCCGCCCCGGAGCUGUUCCAAGGGAAGAAGUACGACGGACCCGAGGUGGACGUCUGGAGCCUGGGGGUCAUCCUGUACACGCUGGUCUCAGGGUCACUGCCCUUUGACGGCCAGAACCUCAAGGAGCUGAGGGAACGUGUUCUCAGGGGGAAAUACAGGAUCCCAUUUUACAUGUCCACCGACUGCGAGAACCUCCUCAAGCGCUUCCUGGUUCUGAACCCAGCCAAGCGUGGUACUCUAGAGGUGAGGGAGGAAGGCCCAAAUCAAAUCAUGAAGGACCGGUGGAUAAACGCAGGCUGUGAGGAGGACGAACUGAAGCCCUUCGUGGAGCCAGAAACAGACAUCACGGACCAGAAGAGAAUAGACAUCAUGGUGGGGAUGGGCUACAGUCGGGAGGAGGUCACGGAGUCUUUAACAAGGAUGAAGUAUGAUGAGAUCACGGCCACGUACCUGCUACUAGGCAGGAAGUCCACAGAGUUGGAUGCCAGUGACUCUGUCUCAAGCAGUAAUCUGUCUCUGGCCAAGGCGCGGCCCUCCAGCGAGCACAACAACAACGGCCACUCUCCAGCCCACCCCAAGGCCCAGCGGUCCGUCUCCGGCACCCAGAAACAGAGACGCUACAGCGACCAGGCCGGUCCAUCCAUUCCCUCGGUGGUCUACCCCAAGAGGAGCCAGACCACUUCGGCCGACAACGGUGACCACAAAGAGGACGCGGGUGCCCAGCCCCGGAGGUCUGGCUCGUCGGGGGGUCGCAGCGGCGGAGCGCCUGCCAGUCCCCUGUUGGGUAAUGCCAAUAACCCGAACAAGGCUGACAUCCCCGAUCGAAAGAAGGGCUCCACCACACCCACUUCCAGCGUCGCGUCAUCGGGCAUGACGAGGAGGAACACGUAUGUUUGUAGUGAGAGGAACACCUCGGAACGCCACUCUGUAAUCCAGAAUGGAAAAGAAAACAGCAUGGGUGAAAUGUCGGCAGCGUGUGCAACUAGCCCCUCUGCUGACACCAAGGCCCUGACAGCCUCAUCAGCUUCGGUCCGCCUGCGCCACCAGAAGGCAGCAUUCCUGUCGGCUUCGGGCCACACCUGCCGCCAAACGUUGUCACCUAACGAUGGCGACUUCUUCGGGCCUAAUACUACGUCAUCGUCUGGCCAGCGGAACCCUGGUGGCGCCUCCACCCACAGCAUCAGCAGCGGCGCCACGCCCCCGGACCGGGGGCGUUUCCCGCGAGGCACUGCCAGCCGGAGCACUUUCCACGGCAGCCAGCUGCGGGAGCGCCGCACCGCCACCUACAACGGCCCGCCGGCCUCGCCCACGCUCUCGCACGACGCCACGCCCCUCUCGCAGGCCCGCAGUCGCGGGUCCACAAACCUCUUCUCUAAGAUCACCUCCAAGCUCACGCGCAGAAACAUGUCUUUCAGGUUUAACAAAAGGGUACCCUACUGGGCUCUAAAUGUGGCUGCCAAUCGAGGUGAUGAUUGAAAGAGGGCUCGUUGCAGGACGGAGUACAGGUACCAAAUACCCCCCACCCAGGUUUAGAGAAUUCCUCCCCAGCAUCCUCUCUGUCUUUGCAUUAGUUCCCUAAAAGCUAUCCUUGUCCAGCUUUGGAACCUGUCCCACAGUAUUUUCUAAAAAUGUUUUCCCUUUAUUGGCUAGAUAGCUGAACCUAGAACUGGUGAGACGUUGUUGGGUGUGUGAUUUGCUGACUCACUGGUCUUGUUAAACUACAAACAGGUGGACCCGUACAGAUGCUGUUUUUACCGGGUUCAGGUUUGGGUCCAGCACAAACCCACGUGUAGUAGUUUCAAAGGGAAUUUUUUAUUCCUUGGUGCAACAGAGGUUUUCUCUCAAUGACCAUUGAUGUCCUUCAGAUGUGGCAUGACUGUUCAGACUUCUGGUUUAGCUGUUAAGCGUAGCCACUUGCAAUGCUUUGUGGACUGUUAAGCGUAGCCACUUGCAAUGCUUUGUGGACUGUUAAGCGUAGCCACUUGCAAUGCUUUGCGGACUGUUAAGCGUAGCCACUUGCAAUGCUUUGUGGACUGUUAAGCGUAGCCACUUGCAAUGCUUUGUGGACUGUUAAGCGUAGCCACUUGCAAUGCUUUGUGGACUGUUAAGCGUAGCCACUUGCAAUGCUUUGUGGACUGUUAAGCGUAGCCACUUGCAAUGCUAUGUGGACUGUUAAGCGUAGCCAUCUUAAAAGCUCUGUAGUUCACUGCUCUCUACUGUCUAAGUGUAGUACAAUAAUCUCUGCUUCACCAGUUCUAGUGUCUUCCUGGGAACUCCAGUCCAUAAAGCCUCUCUAAGAAUCCAACAACCCUGCCUCUGUCCCUAAUUCUGUCUCUAUCCUCAUCUUGUUUCUCACAGACAACCAGGUCCAGUCUUUAUCAGCAUGACUCUGACUGAAUCCACACAGAUGGUUGUUUCUUGUGUGAUUGAGUGUCUCCAUGAGGAUGUUAAAGGGACACUGUAGAAUCCUGCCUCAAAACAAUAACACAACUUGCCUUGUCUUCCCUUACCGAACGAGACCGGUAUAGUGCCAGCUAGUCCAGGGUGGUUUAGGGUGGGAAGGACAGUACUGCGAGUGUCUAAAGUGAUAUAUGGGCGAUUACAAAUCUUUGCAAACUGACAGAUGGAGUGGUGAAGGUUUAAAUGGGGAAUAUGUCAGUCAGUCGGAUUUAAUUAAAGAAGAAAAAUAGUUGAAACAUUAGCCUAAAACAUUAACUGCAAAAUAAAUAGUAAUGUUUGCUUAUUUUUGUGGAAGCAGACAAAUUAAAAUAGUAGUAAAUAUGACCCCUAAGUGUGUGUGUGGGUCUAUAUACAGUGGUUUAAAAUAGGAUUUCUUAGCAUUUUUGCAUACGUUUUACACCAAAUGUUGCCAGUUCAGUUUAUCAGCAUAAAUGCUUCCUAUUAUUACUGAUUAGUGUUUUAAAGCCCCAUGGAGAAACAAUAUCACUUUGCCUAGGUGACGUUUUUGAACAUGAACUUUGUUUCAGAUCCUGCUUUUACCUUGAAUGGACUUUGACUAGGCCUUUGUAUAUUGCUUGUUCCUCGCCGGGUAGACUUCUUGUGUUUUGGAUGAUUGUCAUGUUACGUGUCCCAGCUGCACUUCAGCACACGGGUGACCUGACUUUCUACUGUAGAAUUCUCUGAUACGUAUGGUCUCUUUAAAAAUGGCCUGAAAUUUCGGUCUGAUGCAGCAGGACUCCGAACAACCCAAACCAUAACACUGCCACCGCCAUGCUUAACAGUUUGGCUCCUAAUGAGGAAGGACGUGUUGUUUUUCCACAAGACAUAACCGUGCCUCUGUAUGCCAAAACAUUUCACUUCUGACCCAUUUCCAUCGCAUUGUUCCGAACCUCAUGAGGAUCACCCGUGUGUUUUUGGCAGCCGCAUUAUUCUUAGUAGUACCUUGCUACUCCGCCACAAAUCAGAGUCUUUCACAUGGAGUCAUGCACAUUGAGAGGUCUGCAGAUUCCUGGACAUUGUUCUUGAGUUCUUUGUGACUUCCAGGAUGUUUUGACUGAUUCAGUAGAACUCUAAAACCUUAGGUAUGACUGUCAACACUUUUGAAUCUGAUGGGCACAAACAGAGUUUAUUAAAGUCUUCAAGAAUUUGUUGUAACGUUUUGUAACCUGUGGCGCGGACAACCUCGCUCAGAUGGUCAUGGCAGUAUUACUCUAAUUUAUAUUGGCCUGGACCGGCCCAAGUCAAGCCUGGUAGUUAACCAAAGAACUUAUCAUCUCUGGUCAUUGUGAUGGCAUUUUCAAGAAUUUACACAAAUUACGCUUUAAUGUCCUCUGACUCCUAUAUUCUACUGAAUCCAGAAAUGGAUCAGACCAAGCUCAAUGUGAAAACUGUGUAAAAAUGCAUAAAAUUAGACUGGGAUCAAAUAUUUGUGUAUGGCCCUUUUCAUUUAUUUCUUUAUAUAUCUCAAUCAACUUGAUUGAAUGAAUAUUCUGUAUAACUUAGUCAUUUGUAUGUAUGGUGAUCUGCAUGUUAUGUCUGCACACUCUCCAAAAGGACCCAAACCUUUCCAUGUCCUCCCGGGUUACCAAAGAAAAUGGAUAAUGAAACUGACUGAAACGGCAUGCUAGCACUGAGGACAGGAAGUCCAACAUUGACCCACGGGGUCCGAUUGGUGCCUUUCUAUGUCAUCACACCUCACAGGGCGUCUCGGCUGUUCGCGUGUCUUACACUUCUACUGGUGGUGUAAAACGUGCGGCCGCCCGACCUGUCUUCAUGGAAUCGAUGCGUUUUAACACCUCCUUCCUUGCAAUACUGUCUUUUCCCCCACUAUUCCACUCUCAAGUUUUCCUUCCUUAAUGUCUCACAGUAGAGCAAUUUUUCCCCCAUCCCGUGACAGUAUUUGUCUUCUGCAACAUUCUUAACAGGAAGGUUAGAUCUGAUUUUUCUCUCAUUCUCUCUCCCUCUCUUCCUCUCUCUGUGCUCUCUAAUGCCCCCCCCCCCACCCCGGUA